ACUUAAUUCACGGCCCCUUGAGUUGUUCUUCACCUUAUUAAAGAAGCGCCAACCAAACAAAAACCCUAAAAAUCGUUAGCAGAGAGAGAGAGAGAGAGACACAGAAGAAGACGACCAAGUUAGCAGCUAAAGAUGAUUAUCCCUGUUCGUUGCUUCACUUGUGGAAAGGUGAUUGGAAACAAAUGGGAUCAGUAUCUUGAUCUUCUCCAGCUUGACUACACUGAAGGGGACGCCCUUGAUGCGCUCCUGCUAGUCAGAUACUGCUGCAGGCGUAUGCUAAUGACUCAUGUUGAUCUGAUUGAGAAGCUUCUCAACUACAACACUCUGGAAAAAUCAGACAACAGUUAGAAGAGGAUGCAAAUCUGCUGGAAGAGUUUUCCUCUUUAGAGGUUUAAAUAUUAGUAUGUAUGAAAACCUUCAAUUCCAUCUAAAAGACGAAAUCAUAUGUAUGUCACUACUUUCUCGUGUGUGUGAUUCAGUAUCAUAUUUUCUGACCUGAAUGAUUUGUCCUUUUGAGUUGUUCACGUUUCAUUGAUAUUGAGGUGUAAACAUGGCCAUCUCGAAAACCCUUUGAGAAA